GCACCGCCCCUCAACCGGCACUGACAUCGCAUCAGGCCCGAGUCUCGCACUCACUCCCGUACCACCUCCAAGUCUUCUCUUUUCAUAUCUUCCCUCUCUCUCUCUCCCUCUCUCACUCUCUCUCUCUCUCUCUCUCUCUCUCUCUCCCCGCCAGUGUUCAGGCUCCCUUUCCUCCGACGACGACGCCGCUGCCGCUGGCCUCUGUAGCCCUCGCCGACUCUGCCGUCCCUCGAGCGACCCUCACCAGUUCCUUUGAAUCCUUCUCCUGGCGACCUUGUCCUUUUUUUUUGUUUUUGUUUUUUGCUAAAACCCAAAAGCCAUGGCGCCGUAGCUGCCCCAAGAAGUCCUCUCCCUCUCGGAAGGAAAAGGGUUAUUCUGCCAGAGGAGGAGGAGUAGGAGGAGGAGGAAGAGAGAGGGGCAGGAGGAGGCCGUGGGGCUAAGGGCGUCCGUGAGUGCAGGAGGGGAUCCCUUAAGACGAAAGGGGAGGGAGCGGUGCGCUUCUUGAAGGAGUGGUCGAUCGGAUGGAGUCAUCGGUAUAUACAGACGCACUCACUCACACACACGCACUCAUAUCACGAGAGAGAAACUGACUCUCUCUCUCUCUCUCUCUCUCUCUAUUCUAUCUAUCUAUCUAUCUAUCGCUCCUGCCGGCGCACUAGUCCGUGUCUAUACCUCAUUUACCUAAUUCAUCACCGUCGCUGUCCUCAUCGCCAUCCUCAUGCAGCAGCAGCAGCAGCAGCAGCAGCAGCAGCAGCAGCAGCUGUAGCAGAAGCAAAAGCAGCCUGGUGGCUCUCUUGUCAACGUGUGUGUGUGUGUGUACGUUUGUGCGUGUGCGGGUCCCACGUGAACCGUGUACGCCAACAACGUUUGCUUGGCUCGAGCGCUCUCUCUCUCUCUCUUUUCCGCACAUACAUACGCACACACUAUCGCCGCUGGCACACAAGUGACUGACCAACAACAACAACAACCAGCUACCUCCAUGAUGCUGUAUCGGUGCCGCGAUGCCCGGGAUAAUAAUCAUUAAGUGUGUGUGACUGGAAAACUGGAAACCGCGAUCGCUCCGAUGCAAAGCUUUGGUUCUGGAAUGUUUCUCAACAUGUUACUGUGGAAAACUAAUCGCCAGUGUCAUCGAAAUAUGAAAUGAAAAUGACUUUAAGAGUAACAAUGAAAGGCUAAAUAUGACAUACAAAUGGAUUUUAACGCAUUGUGACGAAUCAGACCAUUGGAUAGAAUGAAACGCUUUCAGUAAUGAAUUAUCAUAUGUGACUGGAAAGUAUGGACACAAAGAAACCACCUUUGGACGGCGGCGCGUGAGUGUGAAGUGCUGACUCUCAUUAAAAAAUGUGUGACAUACUUUUGCCUGGAAACACUUGCAAACCUUGAACCAUGAGAGGUCCCUCAAUGAGUAUGGCAGUUGCUUACAAAAUGUAAAGCAAAAUUAGAUAAUUGAAUUACUCAGUGACCAAAAAAGAUGAACGUCCACGAUUAGCAGACUUUUUGUAUUUUUCAGGAAGCGUAGAUUAAUUAAUAGUACAAGUAAUGGUUCAAAUUCCGUGUGUUUAUAUUGCUUGGAUAAAAGGACCGGAAGGAUCCUUUUGAUCGAUUCAAAUAUUUCCCUGGUGUGGUUGAUGAAAAGUAUGCUUGAGGGCGUCGGGAUGCCUUUAGUAUACAGCGCUGGCGGUGCGGGAGGGCGUGAGCAACGCCGUCCCAUGUGGACGCAACAUGAAAAGGCUGUGUUGCGACUCCUUAUGAGACAGUACGCAGGCGUGACCGAAUUCGACCCGCCUGACGUCCACAAACACCCCAUUCGGAACGAGAUGUGGCGCCUCCUGACGGCCAGGUACAAUGCCCACCCACAUGUCAGGUCGAGGGACACCAAGCAACUGAGGAAAGCCUGGGAGAACCUCAAAUAUCGGGCGCGGAAGUUGGGUGCUGAAAGCCAACGAAAUGGAAGGCAGCAAAACAACAACACAGAAUCAAGUUGGCCCUUGGACGGUGUGACCCUCCCAGGACCACAAAGCCCUCCGCCGCAGAGCACAACGCCCACGCCAAGGGAAGUUAGCGAGGUGGGCGACUGGAGGGGGUCAGAGGACGAGACCCCGAGGAAUGUCGACGAAGAGACAGAGUCAGAGAAGAUCGUCAAAGACGAGGAGGACGACGACAACGCUCAAGACACAGACAGUGUCCAUCACAGUCUGCCUUUGGACGACAGAGGGGGAGGGGCCCCUGGUGCUGUCCCUGCUGUGUUGAACCUCCAUCCUUUUGUGACGUCCCUCUUGGGUGGAAGUCUCGGGUCUUUAGCCUCUACACUUCCGUUCUUGGCAUCGCCUGCCACUUCUCAGCUGGCAACUGGGCUUCUUCUUCCUCACGCCGUCUCGACGCUAUCGAGCGGUGAUUUAGAGUCCGGCCCGACGAUACUGAGCUCCUCUGUAGACUCUUCCACUACUACCUCUUCUUCGCCCACCACAACAGUGGCCUCCAUCUUCCUCGCUCCCAACGCAGCCGCCACUACCUCAGGUCCCUGCAUCUCAACUACCUCAGAGGCUGCGACCAUCACAAUUAAUGGGGCAUCCCCACCGACCGCUGCGGUUGGAACGAACACUUUUACUACCACCACUUCGGCCUCGUCUACUACGGGAACAGAUAAGGCAGCAGGGACGGACAUCCCCUUGAAUGCCGCUACGACGACUAUUCCUCCAAGUGACCGUUUCCAGCACCGCCUCCAUGUCGUAGAGACGAGCAUAAGGCAUAGCGAGGAGCAACACCAGGCGCAGUUGCAACUGCUGAGGCUGCAGAUGGCGCAUUCGGUGGCCGAACACGAAGCGAAGAUGCGGGUUCUAGGUGCGCAGCUGGAGUACUGGCAAAGAAAGCUUAGAGUACAACAACGGGUCUCCUACGCUCUUUCGGCAAUAACCCAGAACGACCCUGAUUUAGAUGACGAGCCUCUGCCUUGACCCUUCAUGUCAAUUAUAACGGACGAUCCUCCCUGGCUGUAGCGCAGAACCCUAAUGUUAACCUUUCAUUUAAAAGUAUAAAGUUGGAUCAAAAUGGUGCUUUUAGCUAGGAGCACUUUUCGUUUUUUAGCUGCCAGAUGUAUUUUUUUACUUGAUUAUUUGACUGUUUAGGAAACGCAAGAUAGUCACUACUAUUUUGAGUGAAACAAUGUUUGUCAUUCAAAGUUUUAUUCCUUCCUCAACGGGAAGCAUUUCUUUCUUUAUCACAUUGUCACAGUAGAAUAUAAAAAAAUGCAUGCGGCAGGAACACGCCCUAUUUGUGGAUGCUGAAAGUCAUAGUUUAGCGCGGAAACGGAUCUUGAGUCAUUCAACGGUUGGGAUCAUGUGGGAAUAAAAAUGUUGAUCAGAAGAGGUUUGAUCCCAACAAUAGACUAAAAUUAGAUAGUUUGCUGUAUGUCUAAGAAUAAGCCUAAGGAGAAAGAAAAACUGCAAGUGUUGUCGUGUUUGUUGUCACCCUCUUGGCUAACUUUAGAUUCUCUUGAAGUUAAUCAUGAAGUAAUUUUAUAAAUAUUUUUUCAUUGUUUUCAAAAAUUCGUUCUUCCUGAAAGUUGCCCUAUUGGCUGAUUUUUAGAAGAACUUACUAUUCUUGUACAAUACGGUUGAAGCUGAUAUAAUUUGGUUAUCAGCCAAGACAUUUAAGGGUGCCGCAUGUUAACUGACCCAUUUGAUUUACCGGUUACUGAGGG